AUGCGAUCUCGAGCCACGAGGCAAGAUGGAGAAUCUACAGGCGAGCCAACAGCAACAACAACCGGCCGCCAUUCGCGCGAACCUGCGCAUCACCAAACAUCGACAGGGACACAGCCAGCUCCUCGAAUCGAGGUCAGUCCCGCCAGACACAGAGAGCAGGAACAUGAUCAUCCGUCCCGAGCAAGUGCCGGUACUCGAUCGUCUGCCCGUGAACCCGAUCUCCUGCGCCGAGCCACCACUGCCAACGCAUCUUCAUAUUUGAGCGAGCCUAUCGUCCCGCACAAUACUCUCCAACAACCCGGCAUCCUCGGCACAGAAACGAGGCAGAGGGAACGCCAGUUGGCUGUUGAGAAUAUUAGUGCGCAUGACAAAGCCCCUACAUCAUCUGCGGAGGGACAGAGAAGAAGCGAGGAGACCCACGGGACUGAUAUUCGCCGGUACAUAUCUCCUAGCGGUUCGACAGCCCACGACUCUUUGGUCGCUGGGCACGACUUGGAACGGGGGGUGAGUGGUGAGUCCGCUGUUGAGUUGGCGCGGCGACGACUACAGCAAUUGGCAGAUACCGCUGGGGACGAAAGUGACGUGCGACGGUAUCCACCGAACAUCGACUGGGAAGAGUAUCAUCCCUCAGGAGACACCUUGGUACACCGGUUCUCGCAACCUGAGGAGCCAUCUCAACCGGAAUUCCACAAUGCUUGGGGACCCAUAAGACACAAAUAUCGAAAGCCACUCGCAGAGUUCCUCGGUACCCUGGUCUUCAUGACACUCGGUCUGUCGGGAUCCAUCGUUCAUAUGACGGCGGGUAGCGACUAUGGAAGUCUCCUCACCGCGUACAUGGCAUGGGGCUUUGGGGUGAUGAUAGGGAUCUACAUUGCGGGUGGGAUUUCCGGCGCUCAUUUAAAUCCCACAAUCUCACUAGUCCUCGCUAUCUUCCGUGGCUUUCCAUGGACCGAUUGCUGGAAGUAUAUGGUUGCUCAGUUUCUUGGCAGCAUGGCGGCGUCAGCCAUCGUCUAUGGUCUCUACAAUGACGCCAUCCAGGCGUACACUGCCUCAGACACUGUUCGUAUCGGCCCUGCCUUUUGGACACAGCCCCGUGGAGAUUUGAACAAUGCCGCUGCCUUCUUCAACGAAUUCAUCGCCACCGCAAUUGCCGCCUGCUCCGUUCUUGCGUUAGGGGAUGACGACAACGCACCGCCGGGAGCAGGAAUGCAUGCAUUCAUCAUUUCCCUACUGGUCAUGGUGCUUGGCAUGGCCUUCUCCUACAACACUGGCGCCGCUCUCAACCCUGCACGGGACUUCGGGCCUCGUCUGAUAAUGAUGGCCGCUGGCCUCGGUUUCGAUGUGUUCAAGCAGGAUCAAGGCUGGUGGUUUUGGGGCCCUUGGAUCGGUACGAUGACGGGCGGGCUCGCAGGUGCAAGCGUCUAUGACUUUUUCAUCUUUACGGGUGCUGAGUCUCCCAUCAACUAUGACAGUGAUGUCUGGAAAUUGCGACUCAAGAGCUCUUGGAAGGAGAUAAGGCAGAGGUCCAGGAUAGGACGAGGAAAGGAUCCGGGUGGGGAUGUUAGUAAGGAGAUCGAUCUUGUUGCUUGA